AUGGCAGGGAGCCUCACUUGGGUGGCAGGCAGGAGCCUAUGGGGCCAGGUGCCGCUGGCCUGCAGAAGCUUCUCUCUGGGUGUUCCUAGAUUGUUCCAUGUAAGGGUCACCCUCCCGCCCCACAAAGUGGUUGAUCGUUGGAAUGAGAAGAGGGCCAUAUUUGGGGUAUAUGACAACAUCGGGAUCCUGGGAAACUUUGAAAAGCACCCCAAAGAACUGAUCAAGGGCCCCAUAUGUCUUCGAGGCUGGAAGGGGAAUGAAUUGCAGCGUUGUAUCCGAAAGAAGAGAAUGGUUGGAAAUCGGAUGUUCAUUGAUGACCUGCACAACCUGAACAAAUGCAUCAUCUAUCUCUAA